CGGCUGCGUGAGGGGCCGGGGGGGGCAGCGCCGCGCUCCUGCGGAGGGAGCCGGGACGGGCGGCGGCGGGGCGAGGGCUGCCGGAGCCGCGAGGUUCGCCCCCACCGGCCCGGGAGGGCUGCCCCGAUCCAGCGCCCGGCGGGGUGCGGCGGUGCCCGAGUCCCAGUCGUGAAGCAGUCUGUGCUGCGCUGGGGACGAUUUGUUCAGAGCAGACAGGUCCCUGUGAUUAGAAAUGAGCUCGGUUUGGCAGGAAGCACGGAGGAAGGCUGGCAGACAGGCAGCGUGUCCCUUGCAUGCAAGAUUCCUCCAGAAGUAAAGAAGCACUGGUGGAGACAGUGCAACCCCUGGCAAGAAGCAGCAACGCUGUGCGACAAAGGAGGAAGCCACUUCCAGGUUAUGAAAACAUGCUGUUGAACUGAAUUUUGCAGCUGCGUUUUCAAAUGUACCAUGGGAUGCAUCAAAUCCAAAGAUGCCUUUGCAGGGUCAAACGCUAUCCGGGUGGAAGGGAGCAGGGAAGGUGAUGAAGGGCGCACCGGGGAGAAAUCAUCACUGAUAGCAGGGAUGGUGGAUGAGAAGGGUCCGUCGAGCGCCAUAGUGCUGGACUACGCACACCGCCUCUCCCACGAGAUUCUCGAUCAGGCAGUGAAGCAAUGGGCAGUGACAGAGAGCAAAUACAGUGACAUCCCUUUCAUUGAGAGCGAUGUGCCCUGAGCCUGGCCGGCACGGACUGGCUUCAGUGAGCAUCUGUCUGUGAGCAGCUCGUGUUUGGUGCCGGUGCAAGUUGAGUGAAGUCAGCUGUGACCGAGCAGAGUGCUCCUCUGAAUGUGUUUGCAAGGAGAGGCUGGAAAAAAUUGCCUUUUAAUCUUUCUUGCUAGGAAACCCUGUGGAUUACAGUAGAACCUAUUAAUCAAGUGUUGUUUGUUAUCAGCCGUAUGAUGAGUGUUGUCUGUCUUUGUAUGUGUUGAGUGAUCAGAAAUUAGUGUUAAAAAAGAAAAUGGGAAGAACGCAGCUGCCUCGCAACUGUAGGAGCACUGCCACAGAGGCCCCAGAGAUGCUUAAGAACAAAGCAUGGAUUAUAUUUAUGUACUGCAUAAAAAAUAUAUGGCCUGUUUGUAGGUGACGAGGAGAACGGUGUGCUUGGCAAACUUGUCUGUGUUCUGCUGAAGUGAAACCAGGACCUCUAUGUAACCAAGGCAGCUGCUGUUGUAACCUUCACUUUGAUUCUCUGACCCGAGCAGGCCUACAAACCAGAAAAUAACGAAGGUGGUGAGAAGCGUUUUAUAAAACCAAAUAGUAUUCAGGGAACCAUAUGGAUUAUGAUCCUACGCAACUUCCAUUCUUAAUAGAACCAGUGAGAAACACUAUGAUAUUGAUAAAUAGUGCAUUGUAAUUAAGUUAACAGAUGCUCUGGCUUCUGUAAAUGCAUGAAGGCUAUUCUCUAAAAUCUUGCCGUAAGACUUUAAUUACAUUUGAUCGCUGCAUUCAGGCCAAAGCUGUUUGCUUUGCUCUUUUUUUUUUUUUUUUUGGUUAGGGGGCUGCCUUGAUUUCAUGGGACUAUGGCUGCAUUAUGCUCAUUAUGCUGACCUUUCAAUCCAGCAUCACACCCUCAGAACAGCUGGCCUUUGCUUUCCUUCAGGAGCACAUCCCCACGGGUAGAGCCACAUACACCAAAGCACAGCCGAGCUGUGGGAGCCUGAGGCCUGAGCAGAACACUGGGCCGGUGAGCGAGCCUGGGGCUCCAGGCUCUCGGGCUGCUGCAUUCAUCAGCGGUUCUGUUGAGCUCGUAGCCCCACGCUGCAGCCCGCCCCUCCGGGGCCUGGGGCCUGACCUACUGCACUGCUCUCCGGGGUUGGAUUUGGAGGAGGCGGCAAACCGGUCUCCUUAGACCUACCGCUCUGCUGCCGUUUUAGGCAAAGUGAAUGCCUCGUAGGAAGCUUGUGUUUUUUUAGCACCCAUUGGCUCCUUUUCCUGUUAAGGCCAAUGUAUCGGCCAUGUCAUUUUUUUUCCUGCAUCCAAGUGCUUUCCAUUUUAUGUUUUCAUUUUACAGAAAAAAAAAAAAAAACACUUUCCAUACUGGCAAAAACUGUUACUAUUUUUACAAGGUACACAGCGUCCUCGUGACUGAUAGAAGUAUGAUUCUGAAGCGGUGGUAAGCAGCAGCAGGAGGACCAUUUCCAGCGUUAUUUUUAGCUUACUCUCACACGUGAAUUGAGAGGGAACACGGCUGUUUUGCAAACUUUCUGACACAAACUUAAUCACUUGAAAUUCAUCUGGUGGGAAGUGGCUGCGUCUAGAGUGAAUGGUCAGAAAUACUUAUUUGUAGCUCAGCACGUGACUGCCAUUGACUUGCGCUGUCCAGGUGGGGCCCGGCCGCUGGGCUGUCCUCAGGCUGGGGCUGAAAAAGGGAAAAAAUCGGCUUCUGUUGUAAUGGCAUCUCUGAAGUCACAGGUGAAGCGGCUGAAGGUAUCCUGCUUGUUUGAAUUCUGCUGCUGGCGGUGCUGCCCCUUUAAGCACUAAUGCGUGGAAAUAUUACUUACAUUUGCCGUAUCUGAAAAACUCCAUGCCAAAUGCAAGGGUGAACAGAAAUGCAAAACCAGAAAAGGAGCAGAAAUAAAAGGGAAAGCAGCCUGAAGUACAAGUCAUAGCAUCCGCACGGUAAAUGCUGCAGGGCUCCCCAGAGGAGCAGGCUCCCACAGCGGCUCCAGGAAGCGCUGCGCGGGGCGGCGGGGCCACGUGCCCGGCCGUAGGUGGCAGUGACUGGCAGGACCGUGCGUCCUCCCGGAGCUCUGCUGUGCUGACAGGCCUAAUGCUAAACGGGUAACAAUAACGGCUUCCUUACCUGAAUGAAAGUCCAUCUGCCCGCUUACCUUCAUGUGAAACUAUUCCACAGUCUUAAAAAGCCACUUUUAGUGCAAAGUUGCCACUGAUUAUUAGAUAUAGCUUAAUAAAGGCACUCUGGCAGGGGACUGGCAUACUCUGACAUGCACACAUCCUUCUGUUUGGGAGUUCAGUGUCUGCGCGCUUUGUAUUUUCUCUGUGGAACACGCACAGGGUCUGAGUGGGUACUGUGUGACUGACGAUAUCCUAGGAAUGGUUCGCAGCACAUUAACUGCAGCACAACUUUGUAACAUUGACCUUUCUGUAGUACAACACAUCCGUAUUCCCAAAUAAAACAUAUUACAAUAUAUUUUUACAGUAUUUUUUGUGGAAAAUAUUUUCUUGUGGACCAAAUAAAAGUAACACGACCAUCUGUG